AUGCCGCAGAUCGUUCGCAUCUACAAGUCCAAGAGUGUUGAAGGGCUGUCCACCAUGGCAUUCGUCAAUGAGACUGUGGUGUGCAUCGUCAACAUGGCCUACAACCUGAGGCACGGGUACCCCUUCAGCAGCUAUGGCGAUGCCGCCACCUGUGGCCUCCAGAACACCGUCAUCCUCGGCCUCAUGUUCCGUCACGGAUGCAUCUCCAACAGGAAUAAAGUCUUGAUCACUGUUGGUCUGACCGCCUUUGCAGCUUCCUUGUGCUUUGGGGUCUGCAGCGACGCCCUGCUGGCACAGCUCCAAGCCAGCAGCGUGCUCCUGCUGGCGCUCGGGGGCCGCCUGCCCCAGAUCUGGAUGAACAUCAGGAACGGCGGGAGCGGGGAGCUCAGCAUGGGCAGUGCGGCCCUGUCCGUCGCUGGCAACCUCGGCCGCCUCUUCACCACGCUCACGCUCGUGGACGACAAGCUCGUGCUGGUGGCUUCGGUGUCCCAGCUGCUCCUCAACGCCAUCCUGCUCUGGCAGACGGCGCAGACGGCCUGGAGGAAGAAACAGGGGACCGGGCCUGUCUACAAAGCGGCGUGA